CCGUCGAGUGAGAAUUAUCAUCGUCGACUAGACAGUAAAUCUACUGUGUAAAUGCUUAUCUGAAGACUUUAGGUUGACCUAAAUGUCUGAUAAAUUUCACCACUGACACUACCAGUAAUACUGCUCAUCUUUGUAUUUGGUUGUUUUUUGAGCAGUCAAUAGUCGUCUGACUGGUUAAUUCUCAUCCGACUUUUGUAAAAUUUAACCGAAGUCGACUCGAAACUGCGAGAGGGAAACCGCUGCGGGAAUGUACCAUCUUGGUAGCUCUUCCCAAGGAGGGUGGAAUGACUCCUCUGCCCCUCCAGGUAGUAUCAUGGAUGACGACCAAGCCACAUCACCUUUCAAUCUCCGCGAACAAAAACUGGAAAAACAGCGAGCCCUCCUGCGAGAGAAGAAGAAAAAAUACAACCAGCCGAUGAUCGUCCAGCCCAAUGAGGAACGCCAAGGGUCAGGGGGAAAAUCAAGACGCAAAGUCCCUGAAGAAACACGGCCUCUGGUCUCCCCGUCUCACAGCUCCUCAACAAGCGAUGGCCUUCAAGGUAUUGAUGGACCAGCAUCUUACUCGUUAAACUCAUCUUUGACGACUGUUCAAGUUCUAACGGUCAGUGGCUCCUCCCCUGACGACGAUGACGAUGAUGAUAUCCCAACAUUUAGGGAAACAACACAGACAGAGAAGAAGUUAAAGGCGAUGGGCAUCUCCCAGGCUGUCAAUUAUGAAGACAAUGAAGAGGCCGGGAUACCAGUGGGUGUCAUGAACACCAGCAGCUCCUUCGGGCAGGUUGCCCCACCCCCAUACCCCUCCCCACAACCCACUACUGGCUUUGGUCACGGGGGAAAUAAUAACUACACUCCUAACAGUGGAUAUGCGGGCGGGUACACCACCCCAUCCGGACCCACGACCCAGGAAACAAAGAUGCAAGGUGCUGCUACUGGUGGUUUUGAUUUCAGCGAUCUGGACGCCUUCGUGCUUCGUCCAGCGCCCCAAGGCGUUACAGUCAAGUGCCGUAUCUCACGCGAUAAAAAGGGCAUGGACAGAAGCAUCUAUCCGACCUACUUCUUGCACCUUGAAACAGAAAGCGGAAGAAAGCAAUUUCUGCUCGCUGCUCGACGACGCAAGAAGAGUACUACGUCCAACUACUUGCUAUCCACAGACCCCACCGACCUCUCACGAGAUGGAGAAUCUUUUGUUGGUAAACUCAGGUCCAACUUCAUGGGAACUCAUUUUACCGUCUUUGAUAACGGUAUCAGUGCUAACAAACCAGGAGCCAUGGCUGACGGCACCAACACUCGCCAAGAACUUUCUGCCGUUGUUUACGAUACCAAUGUUCUUGGAUUCAAAGGACCUAGAAAGAUGACCAUCAUUAUUCCAGGCAUGACCCUGGACAAUGAGAGAGUAGCGUUUAGACCAAGGAAGCAACACGAUUCUUUACUGGAUCGCUUCAAGGCUAAGAACAUGGAGAACCUGCUAGAGUUACAUAAUAAGACACCCGUAUGGAAUGAUGAUACUCAGUCUUAUGUGUUGAACUUUCAUGGACGAGUGACUCAAGCGUCCGUCAAAAAUUUCCAGGUGGUUCAUGCAAACGAUCCUGAGUACAUUGUUAUGCAGUUUGGGCGUGUGGCCGAGGAGGUCUUUACGAUGGAUUUCAACUAUCCGCUAUGUGCUGUACAAGCAAUGGGAAUCGCCUUAAGUAGUUUUGACAGUAAACUUGCGUGUGAGUAGCUUCAACCAAUCCUGGGGGCUGAUGUCAUAAAGCUAAACCAGUAAGCCAAUUGUUGCACUCGCCGUAAGCAGGGAAGUUGUCAGUAAGCGGAAGUGUAUUUCGUAAAUGAUUAAGAAGAUUUAAUCAGGGUGUCUGAGUGAUCACAAAGUUACUUUUGAAACAGCAGGCAAGUUAGCAUGCCUUUGGCUUUGCCUACUGUAUGCAGAGGUUAUGAUGUGGAAACUGAGCUUAGGGCGGCCCCUGUAAGCAGAAAUUAUCUGCUUACAGACUUUAUGAUACUUGCACCUGGUACUGGAAUUUAGCCAAAUCACAAUCUCUUCUGCUUUGAACAAGAAUUGGAAAGAGUAAGUGAGCACCUCUAAUCUGAACUAUAGAUGAAUUGAUAUUCCGCCGUUAGUUCAAACAAAAAUCAAAGUUUCAGCUUAGCAUCAAAUUAUGCUAAGCAUUGAAAUGUUUCACUAGCAGAUGAAGGUUGCCAUAUUGUUUGUGGCUGGUUCUGUUUAUAAUAAAAAGUAAUUCCUGCAUAACGGUGUGGUGAAAAUUUGCCCAGACCACACUAGCCAUAACAUUGAGAUAAGCCUGGUUCAUACUUCCUGCGAAUGCGAAUGCAAUACAAAUUUGGACAACACAAAUUUGCAACGAAGAAUUCGCAAAACAUUCACAGAGAAAACAGGGCUGUGCUGUCAACAUUGGUAUUGCAUUUGCAGGAAGUAUGAACCGGGCUUAACAUGGGAACAAUUGUCAAAAAAGGAACUUUCGGUUGACUGUUUUCAAACAUAGUACUAAAAUAUAUAAAAAAAUUCUUCUAAGCCAGAAAUAUUCAUGCAUGUUAAGCAACUUUCCCAGAUUCAUUAAGUUUAUGAUUAAUUAUUUAGUUCUGUUUUGUACAAAAUAAUAAAUAUACAUUUCCAACAAUUAUUGUUUUUACCCUGUUACCUUCCACAGUACUCUUGAUUUAAGUUGUAUGCCAUUAGUAGACUGAUUCAAGUCUAAAAUAACUUUCCCAGCUCAAGCUCAACUGGCUUCUACUUAACAAAGUUAUCAAAAGUCUUUAUACAAAAUGACUUUGUUUUUCCCAGUGUAACCAUGGUAAAUGGGAAGUGUGUUAUUUUUUUUAAUUAUUCAUUACCCCCAAAACAUGUAUUCAAACAAAAAUUCAAACAUGUCAAACUUGUACUACAAAGCAAAUGGUAAUCAGAUCCAAAAGUUAUUAUUUUAUUGUUGUGGGAAACGAUAAAAUUAAUUAAGAAAUACAUUUGAAAAAAAUGGGCGAUGUUCCCUUAUUUAGACCACCAGUACUGUUGGCGUGCAUGCGCGAUGUUAAUAUCUGGUCUGGGGAAAAGCUGAUUCCAUUAAUCACUCUUUAUACUUAUAGUUGAAUUUGAAACCUGUACUUAAUCCAGAGUAGCUGGCUGAUGUGUCCAAGUACUGACUUAAGGUCAUCUAACUAUUACACCUUGACUUUAAGACCUUUCAUAGUGUUGAAUUUACCCUCACCUUUCCAAUUCUUGUCAGUUGUACGACCGGAAACUUAUAAAAAACAGAACACUACCGUUGAAUGUGAUCGCUAAUAUAUUUUGUAAAUAUUUACAUUUUAAAAAAGUACUUAAUAUAAACUUAUAAGAUGCAUUGGUGUUACUUGUUUACUACCGUAAGCCAAACUAUUUGAAUAGUCCGUCCAUCAUCACAAUUUUAAAUGUUGGGAAGUUAUUUAAUUGCGCUGUAAAUUUGACUGUGAGUUUAAAUCACAAGUACAUGUGAGUGACGUUUUUUUUUUUUUUCUGUGUUGUUAAAAUGUUUGAUUCAAUUUUAUGACUAUUUUUCGAUGAAAGGUACACAAAGACAAGAUAAGUGCUUUGUCUCAUUAUCUUUAUUAUUGCCUAUUUUUAUCCGUAAGAUGUGACCAAGCAAUUCUUUUGAUUUUUUUUCUUUUCUUUCUUUAUUAAACUGUUUUUUAUUUACCCACCUACAAUGUAGGCAUUAACUUACAUUGUUUGAGAAAAAAUGGUUUAUGAACUGUUGAAAUUUAGUUUGGGAAUUUUAAAAUGUGUAAUUUAUUAUCACACGAUAUUGUCCAGUACUUGCAUGUUGGAUUCAGUACUUAAUCAACACAGUUUAUUUGCGCACUACAUGUAGCUCUGGUAGGCAUCAGUCUUAGUGUCAGCACAACAGAGACUGACAUCAUUAGGCAGGCGUGUGCACAAACUCACCCACCUUAAUAUCAAUUGGACAAAAUUAUACUUUCAAAUUUACAAUGUUUUUAUUUUUAAAUCCUAAAAGACAGUUAAAGUGGUUUGGUAUCCACCAGUUCUGACGCUCAUUAUUACCCUAGUAAUGUGUUAUUGGAACACAAAAUCUGAGAAAACUAUCUGACGGCAACCUUAUUCAGACGCAAGUUUGAGGUGUUGAGAAUUUGUAUGUUUUUUUCAUAACCACGUUACUUUGAAGCAAAAUGAUUUUUAUACUAUCGAAAGCUACUUUGAACCAAGUACGUUUUUUUGCCCUUAUUUUUAAGAAUGAUAAACAAAACUUGAAACUAUGUAGACAGUGGUGGAAAUGUUAAUAUGGCAUAAAAGAGAGAAAAAAAUAUCACCAGAAAUGGACUGAACCCAACACCACUAAGCACUUGCCAUACACACAAAAAAAUGCUUAAUAUUUUUUGUUAAAAGAGGAAAUAAUGUCUUGAAAAACAACGAUAUAGAACAUAUUUCUUUUGUAUAGCUGAAGGCAAGAUGUUAGAAUCGGAAAACAUUGGACAAUGACAAAUCAAAUCAAGAUAUUUACUUUGGUCUUUUUCGGUUAAUCUUGUGGCAGUUUGGUACAGACUAGUCAAUUUCCUUCACUGGUAAGGUUUAUUUUGUUGUUGGUUUUUUCAUCGCUUGCUAUGCUACAUAUAAUAAUCUUAUUAUCACAGAAGCUUUUCUGAAACAUCCAGCCGUGCAUCGUACUCUGUUUACAACCAUUUUAAAAGAGUACAUCCAUGUCACGUAGGAUUUAUGAUAAUAACAUCUGCUGAACAGUGGCGAGUUAUUAUGUUACUUGUCUCUCUUAUAAUAUUAAUUGUAUGCACCAUGUGAAAGUUGCUACACAUUCACUUCCUCUAGCCCUAAGUUUGCUGACAAAUUUGCUUAGCACAGAAGUAUCUUGCUUCGCAGGAUUAGGUUACCAGCCAAAAUGCUACACUGGACCGUGGUUCCCUACAAACAUAGAGGCAAACAAAGCUGCUAUGCCAGACGAAAUCUUACUUAGCAGAAAUAGGUUACCAGCUAAAAUACUUUUCAAUGAGUAUUGUGGUCGCGGGUUCCCUACAAACUUAUUACCAAACAAAGUUGGUAAGUAAAGAAAAAAAUGGUUAGCAAAAUUAGGCUACCAGGCAAAAUACUAAGUGUAUCCGGUCCCUGGUCCCAUGCAAACAUUUAAUGGUAAGCAGCGAUAUCAUAAUAUCACAGUGGGUCCACAUCACAC